UGUGUUUUAGUUAUCUAAUGCUACAUGGCAAAUUAUCCCAAAGCUUAGUAACUGCAAACAAUAAAAAUUAAUUAUCUCUCCAGUUUCAGUGCAUUGGUAAUCUGGUUAGAGCAUUUUUUGUUGUUUAUUAUUUUGAGGAUUUUUUUUGUUUUUUGUUUUUUGUUUUUUCAGAGAGUCUUACUCUGUCACCCAGGCUACAGUGCAGUGUUGUGAUCAUGGUUCACUGCAGCCUCAAAUUCUUGCGCUCAAGCGAUCCCCCCACCUCACCCUCCUGAGUAGCUGGGACUAUAGGUGCAUGCCACCACGCCCGGGUAUUUUACUUUUUGUAGAGAUAAGGUCUUGCUACGUUGCCCAGGCUGGUCUAGAGCUCCUGACCUCAAGCGAUCCUUCCUCCUUGGCCUCCCAAAGUGCUGGGAUUACAGGCUUGAGCCAGUGUGCCCAGCCUGAUCACACCUUCUUAUGCAGGUGCUUUUGGCUCUCAUGAAGUUUUAAUCAAGCUCUCAGCCAGUGUUGUGGUCUUACCUGAGAAGAAUCCACUUACAAGCUCACUCACAUUGCUUUUUGCAAGAUUUAGUUUCUUGUGGCUUGUUGGACUGUGAGCAUUGUUCCUUGCUGGCUGUUGGCCAAAGUCCUCCCUCAGGUGGCCUUUCUGUAUUGUACCUUAUAACACGGAAGCUAACUUCUCUUUGAACAAGUGACCAAAAGAAUGUUCAAGAUGGAAGCCCAGGAUUGUAACCUAAUCUUGAAAGUGUCAUUUCAUUAUUUUUGCCAUAUUCUAUUCCUUGGAAAUAAGUAAGUCCAUCCAGGUUACAAUCAAGUGAGGAGGCUUACACAGGUGCAAGAGUACCAAAAGGUAGGGAUCACUGGGACCAUCUCAGAGGCUGUGUUCCACAGGCCUUUACACCCACUCCGGUGUCCUUGGUGGGGUUUGAGUCUUCCUCUCUUCCCCAUAGGCCACUCUUUCUGUCCAUCCAGAUCCAUGACUCUUCUCCUUCCCUUCUUUGUUUCCCAGAGUAGGUGCUGUGGGUUCUAGGGCUGGCUGUGUUCAGUGUUUCUGCCUUCACUGGGUAAUCUGAACAUCUGUUGCCCUAGAGCUUUGCAGGAAAAGGUUAAGAUUCAGGAGUUUUUCAGUCUGCUAAGCAGAUUCUACACAGCUCAGGUGCUCACUGCCUGAGUCCGUGUCAUGAUCUUUGCACCUCUUUGUCCUAGGUUCUGCCCUCAUCCUCUGGCUGACAUUUCCUGGGGCCUGACUGUGCCAGGAAUUUCAGGGGCUGACAUAAUCACUUCUUGUGGUGAUUACAGGGCUGUCCUGGUAUAUCCGCCUUGGAGAGUAUUUUUUCUAAACAUUCUAUUUUCUCUGUGGAGUGGGUCUACCUGCGCCACUCACCUGCCCUUUGUUUGUGUUACAGCUUUCAUUUUCCCAGUCCCAUGCAGUUGCGCAGUUGGAGGGGGCAGAAAGCCUUGGGUGCCUGACAGGGCAGACAUCACUGCAGCCACAGUAAAGGAGACCUACAGAGGGCAUGGCCCUGCUGAAUGGGAGCUGGAAGAGGGUUUUUGGUGUGAAGCAGAACAUGAGGCACCUUCUGAGCAGAGCGUUUUUGUAGAAGGAGUGUCACAGGUCAGGACUGCUGAGUCAGGUCUUUUCCAGAAAGCACACCCAUGUGAGAUGUGUGACCCACUCUUGAAAGACAUUUUGCACCUGGCUGAACACCAGGGAUCACACCUUACACAGAAACUAUGCACACGUGGGCUGUGUAGGAGAAGAUUCUCAUUCAGUGCAAACUUUUACCAGCACCAGAAGCAACAUAAUGGAGAGAAUUGCUUCAGAGGGGAUGAUGGAGGGGCCUCAUUUGUGAAGAGCUGUACAGUCCACAUGUUAGGGAGAUCCUUUACGUGCAGGGAGGAAGGGAUGGACUUACCAGAUAGCUCUGGCCUUUUCCAGCACCAGACCACUUACAAUAGGGUGAGUCCAUGCAGAAGGACUGAAUGCAUGGAGUCUUUCCCACACAGCUCCAGUCUCAGGCAACACCAAGGAGACUAUGAUGGACAGAUGCUUUUCAGUUGCAGUGAUGAAGGGAAAGCCUUCCUGGACACCUUUACUCUUCUUGACAGCCAGAUGACUCAUGCUGAGGUGAGACCCUUCAGAUGCCUACCAUGUGGAAAUGUGUUCAAGGAGAAAUCAGCUGUUAUUAAUCACAGAAAAAUCCACAGUGGAGAAACAUCUCAUGUGUGUAAGGAGUGUGGAAAAGCCUUCAUUCACUUGCACCACCUAAAAAUGCACCAUAAAUUUCACACUGGAAAAAGACAUUAUACAUGCAGUGAAUGUGGGAAGGCCUUCAGCCGCAAGGACACACUUGUUCAGCAUCAGAGAGUUCACACUGGAGAAAGAUCUUAUGACUGCAGUGAAUGUGGAAAAGCCUACAGCAGAAGCUCCCACCUUGUUCAGCACCAGAGAAUUCACACAGGAGAAAGGCCUUAUAAGUGCAACGAAUGUGGGAAAGCCUUUAGCCGUAAAGAUACACUUGUUCAGCACCAGAGAUUUCAUACUGGAGAAAGGCCUUAUGAGUGCAGUGAAUGUGGAAAAUUCUUUAGCCAAAGCUCCCACCUUAUUGAGCACUGGAGAAUUCAUACCGGGGCAAGGCCCUAUGAAUGCAUAGAAUGUGGAAAAUUCUUUAGCCAUAACUCUAGCCUCAUUAAACAUCGGAGAGUCCACACAGGAGCAAGAUCCUACGUGUGCAGCAAAUGUGGGAAGGCCUUUGGCUGCAAAGACACACUUGUUCAGCACCAGAUAAUUCACACUGGAGCAAGGCCUUAUGAGUGCAGUGAAUGUGGGAAGGCCUUCAGCCGUAAAGACACACUUGUGCAACACCAAAAAAUCCACACUGGAGAAAGGCCUUAUGAGUGUGGUGAAUGUGGUAAAUUCUUUAGCCAUAGCUCCAACCUUAUUGUACACCAGAGAAUUCACACUGGAGCAAAGCCUUAUGAGUGCAAUGAAUGUGGGAAAUGCUUUAGCCACAACUCCAGCCUCAUUCUGCACCAGAGAGUUCACACAGGAGCAAGGCCUUAUGUGUGCAGUGAAUGUGGGAAGGCUUACAUUAGUAGCUCCCACCUUGUUCAACACAAGAAAGUUCACACUGGAGCAAGACCUUAUGAGUGCAGUGAAUGUGGGAAAUUCUUUAGCCGCAACUCUGGCCUCAUUCUGCACCAGAGGGUUCACACUGGAGAAAAGCCUUACGUAUGCAGCGAAUGUGGGAAAGCCUAUAGCAGAAGCUCCCAUCUUGUUCGUCACCAGAAAGCUCACACUGGAGAAAGAGCUCACGAGUGCAACAGUUUCGGUGACCCUUUAGCUGCAUCUCUUAAACUUGUUUAACACCAGAAAAUUCACACAAGAGAAAGGCCUUAUGAGCACAAAAUAUGUCAUCUUGUUCAUCCUCAUAGGACUCACACCAGAGCAAUGCUCUGUGAGUACCCUUUGUGAGAGAACCAUCAGCUAGCAGAUGAGCACCGUAUAUUCAUUCCACCCUGGGGAGAUUCCUGAUAAGCACCACAUAUGUGGGAGGCUUUCAUGAGGUGUGUUGCACUUUGUAACUGUCUAGAGCUCUUGAUGGAAUUAUAUCACUGCCAGUGCCUGUGGCGGAAGCCAUCUUAUUGCUACCAGCUGUGUGUGUCAAUCACUCCAUUUUGCUCAGGGAAGGCAGACUUCUGUGCUUUCUUUCCUGUUCCCUACAGGUAAUCAUGAAUAUUUUCAAGGACUUCCCCCACCCCACUUCACCCCCUACCACUGAGGGUCCUCAUCUUUUCCCUCAUGAUUAGGUUCUGAGCAAACAUGAUCUAGCUCUCACCAAAAGGACCUGAGCUAGGGUCUGCUGGGAUUUCCUGACACGAUUUUCCAUCUUCAUGGACAAUGUUAACUGUAAACGUGAUAGCUGUGACUGACUUGUCUUACUGCCAAAUCGCCCAAAUUUGGAACUGCUUGUCCCAUGCUGCUCUGAUUUAUACAGUGAUAAGGGCCUAUUGUGGCAGUCUUUACUCUUGGGGAUUUUGUUACUGUGUAGAGUGGAUUGAGAAAAGAAUUGGGUUCUGUCAUGAAGGGAGUAGCACCUUUUGUGGGCACCACCUUUAUGUGCCUCAGAGGGGACCAAAGGAUGGCAGAAAACAGUUCUCAGUCUAGUUUGACCUAAUUUACACUAUUGCCCUAGGCUUGCUAGGAAAGACUGAAAAAAUUUUUGUGCCUAACUUUGUGGCCUGGCUGCCAGGAUUUCCUGUGAGCCCAGUGAGGAGGGCAUAGUUGGUGCGAAAAUCUCCUGUGCUUCUGGAAGCAACAUAAGUUGGGUCCCUUAACUGUCACGUACUCCCCAGCACUGUUGAGGGAUUGCUGUCUUCUGUACCUGUACAGGAUCAAGUCCCUGAUAUCCAGAAUCCCAUAGGCAAGUAACAUUGACUGUAAGACCUCUAUAGGGCAAUAUGAAAAUCAUGAUUGCUACAGAAGCACUGAGAUAAUGGAGUGGGGAUGACUGUGGCAAACAAAAGGAAAUUCGAACAUUCUAGAGGGGCAUCCACAAAUCUUGGUGCAGUUAUGAUGGUGUGGGAUGGGAGUGCAUAGAAAUUCUCAGGACCUUCAGACAUCUGUAUCUCCUGUGGCCAAGGCCACUGUCAGAGGAAAUAAUCUAAAUGUUUGUGGAUUCCUGUGUCUCCCUGGGCAGUUGACCUGCACAGACAGGAACCUCAGCAGUGACAGAAGAGAGAUCCAGGGAUGGGUCUUCUCUGACCCAGCCAGCAUUCCGAGUGGCUGAGGUGGAUGUGGACAUCAUUGCUUACCAAUUUUUACCAACAUUGAGGCAGGGCUCACUCUCCUAAAUUGUAGGGAGAGGAAUAUGGUAAAGCCAAAAUAGUUGACAGAUCUAACUUUCCUAGUGGAACAGUAUAUAUAGAUUUUAAUGAGGAACAUUUAUUUAACAGCUUUAUGGAGGUAUGAUUAACAUGCAAUAAACUGCAAAUAUGUUAAGUGUAAAAUGUGCUGUUUCAGCAUGUGUGUGCACCUAUGAAACCACCACAGUCAAGAUAUCCAACACAACAAAAGAUUGUCCCUUUAUAAUCCUCAAUUUUUCCUUAUCUUGUUUUCCACAAUUCACAAGCAACAGCAAGCAUUUUCUAUAAUUUUAUAAAUGAAACCAUAUGGUGUGUAUUUUAGGGGGUGGGGCUCUGGCUUUUUCAGUAAACAUAACUAUUUUAAGGUUAAUCCAUUAUCUUGUUGCAUGAAUCAAUUGUUUGCUCAUUUGUAUUGCUGAGUAGUAUUUCAGUAUUUCAUUGUAUACCACAAUUUUUCUUCUUUGUCAACUUAAUUGUUAUGGAUGUUUGGGUAACUUUCAGUUUUUGGCUAUUACAAAUAAACCUCUGAAGAUCUGUUUGCGAA